AUGCUUCACCUAGCCUGUCUCUAUUGCCAUGCUUGUGUACGGUCUUCCACAGAUGUCAAGCUGUUUGAUGGAGAGAAAAGAAAACCAUGUACUGGAACAUGUAGUCACUCGAUUUGUUUGGAAUGCGUUGAAAGAAGUCUAAAUGGGAAAUGUCCAUUAUGUCAGAAAGAAGAAUCAUUCAUCAGUAAAACUGUAAACUAUCAGAGUCUGGAAGUAAUAGAAGGAUAUCAUAAAGACUAUUGGAAUAUUUUGAAAAAUUGGUGGAAUGGGACAGAUACAAGAAAAAACAAAUGUUCGAAGUGUACUGAAGAAGCAAAGAAACUUUGGAUAUGUCUGACAUGCGAUAAACUUCGUCUUUGCGAACAAAAAGGAGAUUCUCUAAGAUUAAGAAUGCGGUUUGAUAGUCAUCUUUUGACACUGGCCAACCACGUUUUCUGUUCAGACUGUUUUUAUAAACACAAUGAAGAACAGCAUGAAGAACACAAAAGUAUGAAACUUGAUGAUAUCAAAUAUGCUGCAGAAGAAAUAAAAGCAAGAAGUUCGAACAUUAUUCUCGAAUUGUUCAGAUAUCAAAUGAAUAAUUCAAGGAAAUCAAUUCCGUGUAAACUACGUCACAUGAGAUUUGAACUAACGGGACUUUCCAUAUGGAAGUUAUUUCGGGAGACGAGCAACACAAUUGAUGAAAACUCUUGUGGAAAUCUUUUGGUGGAAAUCAAAAAAGAACUUAUUGGAAAAAGAAUUCAGAGUCUCGAUAAACAAUUGAAAGACUUCUUCAACGAAAUUGAAUCAGAAGAAUCUAAAUGUGAAUGCACUCUACUCUAUGAGAAAUUGGAAUUAUCUGGAGUGGUUGAAAACUUAGACGAUGAAUUCUUUUUGAUGGCUCUCAGUUGUCUUGAAACCGAAAUGUUGGGAUGUCCGUUGUAUUUUAAAAGGAAUGCGGAAGAUCGUGUUAGACUUUUUGGUUUAGUCAACGAAGAGGGCUCAAUUAGAGAGCUGACUGCAUCUGUGAACAAUGAAAACCAAUGUCCAUUGUGCCUUCUUCUUGAUUAUGAAGAUGAUAAUAUGGAACUUUACAAAUAUUACACAGACAACUGUAUUGAAAUAUUCGAGAAUUGGUGGAGACAUGAAAUGAGUCCGAAGUCUAUUUGCCUUCAGUGUUUAGUUUACUUAAAUCGAGUGAAUACUGGAAUCUGUUGUGAGGAAAAGAAAGAAGAGAAUAAAUUUAAACUAUUCUUCCAAGGAGAAGUUGCCGAAUUGUUGGGAAUGACGGCGGAAACUUUCGGAUAUAUAUACCCGGCGAAAACUGGUUGCAUUACUUUGAAUUGUUCUCUCAAAAAUCCAUUAUUCUGGAAAUUCGCGAUCAAGAAUGAAACGAAGAAAUAUGCUGAAGCACUACUGAAAGUUGGGACGAAUGAAGUUGAAGGAUUUUUGGAUUGCAAAUUGAGGAAAAUUAGAUUGCUGAAAACACGAAAACGUAUACUUAAUUCUGUUCUUCAGUUCAGUAUGAAGAAUUUAUCGAGGUGGAAACAAACACAACUCAAUGAAAAUAGUGUGUAUAUUGACAAACUGUUGGAGAACUUGAAAGCUCAAUGGAAAGAAUUCACAGAAGGCGUUGAUGGAGAAGAUUUGGAGAAAGGAUCGAAGUGCCAAUGCACAAUUCUCUGGGAGAAAAAUCAGAAAAGAUACACGAAGAUAUUCGAAGAGAUCGCUCAUUACGCCCCGAUUGACAUCAAUAGUGGAUGUCCUCUGCAUUUCGAUCAUCGGGUCAAAUUAUGA